UUCCAGUUGAGGAUCAUGUGCAUGAGUUUCUCCAUUUCACAAAUUUGGUGCACUAUGAUGACCACGCUCUGGUGAGUUUCUUCAGGGCUGGCCUGAAUAGUGCAUUGAAGGAGCUGAUGCCUCCGUUGGGUCCUCACUGGACGAUCGCCUACUACGUGGAGGUGGCUCUGGAGCUCUGCGGCUCACCUUUCACUGUGGUGAACAGUAUUAAUGUUUUUGUGCUUGUUCAGGUGAGUUCUCCUGGGAAGUCGUUGAAUCUGUACCCGUCCAACGAGUAUGAGGUUUUACCGAAUGGCUGUGAGGCGCACUGGGAAGUGGUUGAGCGGAUUCUCUUCAUCUACGCUAAACUGAACCCGGGCAUCGCUUACGUGCAGGGCAUGAAUGAGAUCGUAGGACCGAUAUACUACACCUUCGCCACAGACCCCAACAGCCAGUGGAAAGAACAUGCGGAGGCCGACACGUUCUUCUGUUUCACUAACCUGAUGUCAGAGAACAGAGAUAAUUUCAUCAAGAGCCUCGACGACUCGCAGUGCGGCAUCACGUUUAAGAUGGAGAGCGUGUUCUCUAAACUCAAGGAGAAAGACACUGAACUCUACAUGAAACUGCAAGAGCAGAAUAUUAAGCCACAGUAUUUCACGUUUCGCUGGUUGACGCUGUUGCUCUCUCAAGAGUUUCUCCUGCCAGACGUCAUCAGGAUCUGGGAUUCGCUCUUUUCCGAUCAGGAUCGAUUUGAGUUCCUCAUUCCUGUGUGCUGUGCCAUGCUCACACUGAUUCGGGAUCAGUUACUGGCAGGAGACUUUACAAUAAACAUGAGAUUACUGCAGGAUUACCCCAUCUGUGACGUUCACACUAUACUUGCUAAAGCAAAAGAACUGCAGGAUGGCUUGUAGUGGCCACGCCCCUCAGCCCCGCCCCAGCCCAGAGAAACCACGGUAAACAUGAACCCGUGAACAACAGCAGUGCCGCUCAUCUCACCGUGGGUGGGCCAUCGUUUGCCUUUGUGUGAGUGUGUGUUACGUCUAACCGGCUCUCAGGUAGACGUGUGUGUGUGUGUGUGGGAUGGGGGGGGCUUGAGCUGUUUACUGAUGCACUAAAUAAUUACACACACACACACACUCGAUGCUGACGGGACUCCAGAAUCACUCCAGAAAUACAUGUGUUUUAUGAUUUGUAUUUAUAUCAGUGAUUGUUUACUCUUGUUUACUUUUUCUUUUAUUAUUUUAUGUUGUAACUUUUACAAAUGAACAAAAAAUCGUAACUACAGUUUUAAGGAUUGUUGAUGGAUGAUAUUUGAAUCUUCAUGAGCGUACUGAUGACGGCAGAUCUUUCCAGUGUCCAGUUGAACUAUUCUUCCCUCUACACUACAGAAUCAGAUCUGCACAACAUCUGCUUUCUUUUGAAAUGUUUCUCUUCUUCAGAACGCUGCAGUUCAAAGAUUUGUUGUCGAGUGUUUUUGUAGCAGAGUGAAGAAGGGCUGAUGUCAUUAAUCAGAGAGUGAUGUCAUAAAUCUUCAUGAAUGUGUGCAGAUGUUUAUCAGUCGUUUACUGAUCACUUUCAUCACACUAAUGUUUGUUUGUGUUCACGUUGAAUUAUUCUUGAUCAACACAAACUUUAUGACUCCAUACAAACAUUAGUGGGUUUUUAACAUGAUGAUCUAUGUUUUAAAUGUUUUUUUGACGUACACAUUUAAAGGCUCAGUGGAUGUAGGGCAAUGAAGGAUGGAUGAUAUUCUUCUUUUGAAUCUUUUUCUCUCUCUGGAAUGUUCGGCCACACGUUUCUCUCUGUAACUGUGUGUUUGUGCAGUAUGUACAUUUAUAACAUUUGUUUCUUUUGCAUGUUUUUGUAUGAGCACAUACAGUAUAUAGUUCUUGCCAUCAUAUAUCAAUGUUUUUACAGUGCUUGCAGAUGCACAAUAAACAUUUGAAUCUUAAA